UGUCCUGUACCAAUUUAGAUCGAAAUCUAAAGCAACAAUCCAAGGCCCAACAAAAAAAAUCCCUUGAAAAUUACAGUCAUUAAUUACACUAGACGGGUCCAAAUUCAAGUACACGAUCGAUUGUCGAUGGCGAUCUCCGCUCCGUCGUCGGAUUCUUUGUCGGCCGACAGCAAAAGAGGUUGGGUUGUCAACGGUCUUCUCCUGGGCGCAGCGAUCGCCGCCCACGCGGCCCUCGGCCUCCGCUGGUUCAGAAAGUCCCGGUCCAGAGUCGUCGGAAUCAUCCCGGCCCGAUUCGCCUCGACCCGGUUCGAGGGCAAACCCCUCGUCCAUAUUCUCGGCAAACCCAUGAUCCGGAGAACGUGGGAGAGAUCAAAGUUGGCCUUGACCUUGGACCAUGUCGUUGUGGCAACAGAUGAUGAGAAAAUUGCCAAAUGCUGUAGAGGAUUUGGAGCAGAUGUGAUAAUGACAUCAGAAUCUUGUAAAAACGGAACUGAGCGCUGUAAUGAAGCACUUAAAAAGCUUGGCAAGAAUUAUGACAUAGUUGUCAAUAUACAAGGAGAUGAGCCUCUUAUUGAACCAGAUAUAAUAGAUGGUGUUGUUAAAGCUUUACAGGGAGCUCCUGAUGCAGUAUUCAGCACUGCUGUCACAUCCUUGAAACCAGAAGAUGCCCUUGAUCCAAACCGUGUGAAAUGUGUGGUUAACAAUCACGGUUAUGCAAUUUAUUUUUCCAGGGGAUUGAUCCCUUUUAACAAGUCAGGAAAAGUUAACCCACAUUUCCCGUAUCUGCUUCAUCUCGGGAUUCAGAGUUAUGAUUCAAAAUUUUUGAAUAUAUAUCCAGAACUUCCACCAACUCCUUUACAACUAGAAGAAGACCUGGAGCAACUUAAAGUUCUUGAGAACGGGUACAAGAUGAAGGUGAUCAAGGUCGAUCAUGAUGCUCAUGGAGUAGACACUCCUGAAGAUGUUGAGAAAAUAGAAUCAUUAAUGCGGGAGAGAAAUAUUUCAUAACAAAGAAAUUGUUAUAAUGUUAGGAGUGUGAUGCAUCUCUGAAGUCGAAGCUCCAAUUCUCGUGUUCUCCCAGGUUGUAUCAUUAUGUAUACCAAGCAGUCUGCAGCCAACCUACGACUCAAUUUAUUAUUAGUUUGAUUUGUUUAUUUUUGACGUCGUACUCAUCUUUGUGCCCUUGCUUUGUAUCACAUGAUGAAUGAAAAGAAGUAAAGAAAUAACAAUUUUCUUUUGCAUGAUAAUUACGUUGUAAGAAGUGUACGCUUUCGAAAUUCUUUAUAUUUGUUAAAAUUCUAUAUA